CAAUGAAAAUCUUGGAUGAUAUCAAAUAAUAAGUGGAGAAGGAAAUGUAAAAGUUUGAUCCACGUCUAGCUUAAAAGAAAUAUCUAAAGAUGACAGAAUCUAUAAAGGAUUUGUUUCUAAAAGCAGUGGUUUCUGAGAAGUAAUCUAUUAAAGCGGUACUAUUUAUAUAAUAUAUUAGGCUGCCAAUUCUAUAGGUAUUAAUUACUCUUCAGCCAAAGCUAUAUGGGCAGAAUUCAGAAGAAAGAAAUAGAAGAAGAAUAAUAAUAAAGAAGAAUCAAAUUAGAAAAAAGAAAAUCCAUUAGUCAAACGUUGUUCAUAUAAAAUAUUAAAUGGUUGUAAUAAGAUUAAGAAAUUGUUUAUGGAAAUAAAAUCGUCUGUAUCAUAGAAUUUGAAUUCAACACAUUUUUGUAAGAUGGAUUCUCACAUUUGA